AUGCCCUACAACAAUAAUACACAUUAUGUACCUAGAUAUGGGAAGAAUUCAUCAAAAAAGUCAUAUGAUGGCAAUUCGAAUGGUGGAAGGGAUAAUUCUAAUCUACUGAAUAAUCAAUCUUCAAGUUCUUAUAUUGGCGCUGCGGGCAAGGACUACGAUAGUAACCCAUCGUCAUCAAACAAUUCUGGUUCGUAUUACAGUAGGAGAGAUAUGUAUGGUAAUUCAGGAUACAGGUCAAGAUAUGAAUCAUAUACACCAAAGAAUAAUUCAUCUAGUUCAAGUUCAUACUAUAGAGGAAAUUCCGGAGGAAGAGGUAGCACAUAUUAUGGAUCUGGUAGUCAUCAAAACAGUUCCCACGGCAAUAACAGUGGUACGGGAUCUGGCGGAAAUAACAGUAACAAUGGUAGUGACUCAAGUGGAGGAAAUCGAAGAUGGCAAGGAUUUGACCGACUGUAUGAUUCAUAUUCCAAAUAUCAAGAUGGGGGCAGUGAUAAGUUUAUUUCACGAACAGGAAGUUAUAAUAACGCAAAGAAAGAAAAUACCAAUUCUGAUUCAAAAGACGACCGAAGAAAAGGUUCUGCGAUAAGUCUGUCGAGAUACAAUAGUUCAACUUCGCCCCAUGAUAGUUGGGUUUCUCGAUCUAUAGGUGAUGAAAACCCGGGAAAGGAAAGAAGAUAUUUUGAUGGGAAUAAUAAUGAUCAUAGAUCUAAUGGCAAUGAAAUAUCAAGAAAAUCUAGUAUUAAAGGUGAACUUAGUCCCAUGCAUAGAAGUGAUUCAAGAAAGAGUUCUUAUGGCGAUAUUCCAGGUUCCAAAUUUGCAAAAGAUGGAUCAAGAAAUACAUCCAAAGAAAGUAGUAGACGAAGCUCGAUAAUUCAACACGAGGCUAAAAAUGGGCUGGAGUCACCUAAUCCACUUAAACUGGAGAAUAUCAAUGCAAAGACUCCUACCACAAGCAAUUUGUCUACCGAUUUGCAGACAGAAAGGAAUAAACCUGAGGUAGCUAAGUCUACUUCUACCAUUGCUUCAAAAGCUAGCACCAAUUCUGAUGCACCAGAGCUGUCUAGAGUAUUAAAAAAGAAGACAUCAUUUACCGACUAUUUGAAGUCAGCAAAAGCAAAGACUAAAGAUGAACGCGACGUUUCUAUGGAUGAGAACCCUGAAGCCAAACAAAUGACGGAAGUCAAAAAUGAAGAGCAAAACGCUGAAAACGUUCAAGAAAGCAACAUUGAUUCUAAGGAAAUAAAUCCCGUUAACGAAGAAAAAGAAACAAAUACUGAUGGCGAUAUUAAGAAUGAAGAAACCAAGAAUAACGUACCUGAGAUUCCAGAAUCCGCUAAAACCAAGGAAAUGGAAACCACGCCGGUUAAAGAGGCUUCUUCAAAUGAAGUAAAACUGGCUAAUGACAGCAUUGAAGAAGACGUGGAUAAUGACGGGGAAACCGAGUUGAGAAGAAAACUGUCCAAUACUGAUUCCUUUGCCGAUACUUCAGUUCUCUCUCCGGUGAAUGAGUCUGAUGUCGAUUUUAACUUUGAAGAAUUAGCUGCUAUCCCAGAAAGUUCCAAGGAAGAGACCAAGGGUGUAAGUGCAUCUGGUAAUGAUAAUACUUCGGAGCACGACGGUAAUAUUUCAGAAACUGAAACUGUAAUUGAUGAGGAUCUUCCAACUUUAGAAGAGGGCAAAAAAAUAAUGCGUAAAGGUUCGAAUGAUUCUGAAAGACACGAAUUGAAACAAGAACAGGCUACUGAAAUGAAAAAAGAAGAUAAUGUCGAUAAUGAUGAUGAUGAAAAAAUCGAUGACACGGAAGUAGAUGUUAGCAAAGAUACCGAUAAGAUCGAUGACAAUGAAAACGAAUCUGUUACAGAAGUUUUGGAAACUAAGGUUGAGAGUCAAGGAGUAACAGAAGAAGCAAAUAUGGAAAAGACACGAUCUAAUACAGAGUCUGAAAGUGGGAAAGAAAACAAAGAGCAAAUAACAGCAACGGUACCACUGAUCAGUAAACCAACGAAAUCAAAGAUAACACCGUACAAACUUAAACGUGACUCCAGUGGGAGAUCAUUAUUGCAACGAGCCUGCAAAAAGGGAAAUUUCGAGGAUGUCAAGAGUUAUAUUGAACGAGGAGCUAGUGCUAAUGAGAAAGACUUUUGUGGUUUUACUUGUCUUCAUGAAGCUGCUUUAGAAGGACAUACAGAAAUUGUUGAGUACUUGAUUCAACAUGGUGCCAAUGUGAACGCCAAGGCUGACGAAGCUGGUGAUUCAGAGACUCCUUUGAUAGAUGCGGCUGAAAACAAACAUCUUGAUACGGUUAAAGUUUUGUUAAAAUAUGACGCAGAUCCUACCAUUUUCAACAUUGAUGGCUUUACAGCAUUAACUAAAAUUUACAACGAGCACGAUGGAGAAGAAGGGUAUGAUGAGAUUAUUGAGGUUCUUGAAGAAGCAAAUGCUAAAUGCAGUAAUCGUGUUGCACGUGAAAGUAAUUCCGCAUCAGAUUCUCCUGAGACUGGUAGACCAAUCAUUGAGGACCCGAACGAUGCAUAUUUUGCUAAUUUAAUCAAACGAAAGGGAAUUUUCAAACAUGCUGCCGAGAAUUCGAAGGAAGCUACUGCUUUAUAUUUUGUUUCGGGAAACAAUUUGAAAUCCAAGCCAGAUAUAUUGAUAUUGGCUGCAAGAAAUGGCCAUGCUGAAUUGGUUGAUAUUAUUUUAGGUUUGAACCCUACGCCAUUUGAUAUUGAUACAGAAUCUAGUUGUGGGGUGACGGCAUUAUUGGCUAGUGCUGGUCGUGGCCAUUUUGAUGUUGUUGAGUCUUUAUUGUCGAAAGGCGCAGACCCUUUCAAGAAAAGAAAACAAGAUGGAUUGAAUGCCUUAGAAAUAGCCCAACACUCUCCACAUUUUGAUGCACGCGAAAUCAGCGAGAUCACCAAAUACAUGGAACAGAAGAGUGGUACAACGAUAGUUUCUAAUGUUACAUCAAGAGUGGCUUCCAGAAUAGCUUCUCGUUCUACUUCACGUGCUCCUUCUGUACCUAUUACUUCAGAAGACGAAGAAGAAAACGAAGCAUAUGAUGUGACUGUGAAGGGAGAGGAAGAGGAAGCAGAUCAGAAAGUUGAAGCGCCGGUAACAGAUCAAUCAGCAGGAGAUAAGAUUCAAACUGAUGAGGAAGAAGAAAAUAAAAUACAGACACAAACUAAUAUCUCCGAUGAGCAUGAGCCAUCUGCUGAAGAACAAGAAACUAAAGAAACUCACAAAGAUGAUGAUCAUGAUGAUGAAGGUGAAAAAGAAGAAGAGCAAGAAGUCUCUGAAAAGAUUCAUAGCAAUGAAGAAAGAAAGCGAAAGCAUGUUGAAAUUGAGGAUGGUUCAUCGGAUGAAUCCCACCAUUUGAAGAGAGUCAAGUCAGAGCCUAAGCCGAAAGUGUUGAAAAAGGAAUCGUCACCACGCGAUGAUCAUCCAAACGAGCAUUCUCUGGAUCCAAAUACGAAAAACCAUGAUUUAAUUCAAUCAACGCCAUCAUCUCCUGCUUCCCAUCUGUCUACCACGACUGCAAUCCAUAAUCUGGUAUCAACAAAGGUUCAUGAAGAACAGAGAAUAAGAAGCGUGGAAGAAACAAGGUUAUGGCAGGAGAAAGUUGAAGCUAAGAAGAAAGCUAGAAGGGAAAUGUUUUUGAAGUCCGAAAAGGAAAAGGAACAGAAACGUAAGGAGGAAGAAGAGAAGCGUAUUGAAGAAGAAAAGCGAGCUGCCAAAGAAAAAGAGGAAGAAAAACUGAGGUUGGCUAAAGAGGCUGAAGAGAAAUCGAAGGCAUUGUUAGAAAGAAAGGUUGCUUUAAGAAGAAGCUUAACACAAGACCAUUACCCAGUGGGUUUAAGACAUGUCAAAUUUGAUGGUGCACCUACUGUGGCCUCAGUGGAAAGGUUUUUACCUUUAUACGUAUUUGUUAUUGAUAACAAGAGAUAUAUGACAGACUUGCAAGUUUCGUUACUUACUUCGACUGUUGUUUCAAAAAUCCUGGAAAAAAUUCCCGAGGACAAUAAGCGAGCUGCGACUUCAGUUGAAAAGUCCAAGCUCUGGAAGUUGUUUUUCAAGUUUAUUGGACUUGAUAUUCGAAACCCGCAUAAUGAUGUGAGGAAAUUGAAAAAGGAUGGACAGGAACGAUUCCAGAACUUGUUGAUUCAUUUUAUUGAAGAAGAUGCGCUCAAACUGUACUUGGAGAGUUUCCCAAUAGUUGCUGAAAGAAUUACACAGAACCAAAUUGAAGUAUCAUUGGAUAUAUUAAGUGGAUUUGAGGAUGUUUCUGCUGAUGGUUUGGUGGUAAAUGGAAAUGAGGAAAUAAUUAUUGAUUCUACGAAAGUUAAGAAAUUUAUCCCUCCACACUUAGGCUAUAGAAAAGAUGUUCUUAGAACUGUUACUACGUUGUCUCAACCGUUAUGGUAA